AUGGCAGCCUCGUUAGAUCGCGAUGAUCGCUCCAAGCUGGAUGUGUUUGAUGGAACAGACCAUGGGCAAUACCGCACAUGGAAGCGUAGGGCACAGUUAAUGCUAGCUGGUCUACCCAGCACAGUGGCUAGUGCCAAACAUGGUGCAAGACUCAUGGAAUUCGUCAAGGGUGAAGCAGAACAGCUUUUUGACACCCUGGACGUUGAGGACCUGAUCAAAGAGGGCGGUGCCAAGCUCAUCUUUGAGACUUUAGAUGCCAAGUACAUGCCCCAACCGCGUGAUCUGCUUCAGGCUGCGCUUCGUGGGUUCUUCUACGAGUUGAGCAUCAAAAGUGGCGAGAGCUAUCCACAGUUCUUUGCGAGAUUCGAUGCUCAAGUUCGCAAACUACGGGAACAGGAGGUGCAGCUACCAGACAAGGUGACUGGCUUCAUGUUGAUCAAAAAGCUGAGGCUCGACAGUGCUCAAGAGAGCCUGGUCCUUACUGCAACAAAGGGAUCCCUGGAGUUCAAGGAUGUGUUUGACUCGGUGCGGGCCAUCUUUCCAGAAGGAAGAGGAAGCGCCAAAAACACCAAAGAGGUGUUCCAAGCCGAGUUGGAAGAGCAGGCGACAGUGGCUUCUGCUUUUCAAGAACCUGUGGGACAGUUCGAUGAGAUGCAAGAAGUCUUGGAGAUCCUGACAGAUCCAUACCAAGACAGUGGGGACGAAGAGGAAACCUUGGAAUGCUUUGAGAGCUAUGUCGACAUCAGGAAGAAGCUGCAAGAGAGAAAGAAGAGCAGAGGAUUCCAUGAUGGAAAACAAGAAGACGGGCAAAAGUGGAAAUUGUCCGGCACAGUCAGGGGCAGAAUAGAGGUACUGAAGGCACGGACGCGCUGUCAUGUGUGCCGCAAACAGGGCCACUGGAAGCGUGAGUGUCCAGAGAGAGCCAAGAAAGGAAACCUGAAGGUGAAGGACAGUCAGAGAAGUGCACCUGCAGAAGCACAUUCAGCCGAGGUUGUUGUGAUCGAUGAGAAAGAGGAGAGCCAUGACCAGCUGUGGCAGCUGUUUCGCGAAAAGCCACCGAGAAAGCAGACUUGGAAAACAAGUGUUGAUGUCCAGCAGACUGGUUUCAGUGACACCCAUGCAACUGGAAACCAGCAGAUCCAGUAUGAAAAGAACGAAAUCAACCCUUUCACAGUGGCAUCCCAUGUCGACCUGAGCCCCGUGCCAGAACAACAGCAUUUUGCUGAAAGUUUUGUGACCGAUUUUUUUUCUGUCUCCAACGAUGAGUUUGGAUUUUCUCCAGAAGAGGUACUGAGCGCUGAGAGUGGCCUAGCUGGUUGUGAUGACCCUGAGUUAGGUAGGAACGUGAAAGUGAUCGGUGUGAUUUACCACGACGUGACAGUGCUGAUCCUAGCCAUGACACCAUACAUGAACAUGAUGGGGUUGAACAGCGGCAGCAGCGAGGAUGUCAAUGUGCAGAGCAUGCUGCAGAAUGUGGUGAACAUGGUGAAACCGGGCGAAGAUCAGAUGACCGUCAAGGAUCUGGACAAAUUUCCAGAUCUGAAGAGCGAUGGGAUCAGCUCUCCGAUUCCAGGAACAACAAUUCUCAAGGAAGGAAAGUAUGCCAAGAAGAAGGUGGUGAUGGACAUUGCCACUCAGUACGAGACCGACAAGCCCUACAUCAGCUGGGUGAGAGAUCACAUCACCCCGACGUCCUCCUUGGAGAUGCAGAAAUUCAGAGUCUACAUCCAUUUCCGCGACCAAGUGAAGAAAGCACGAGUGACGGAGAGCAAUCACAUGCAGGUACCCAUGCCCGUGGUGAUGUCCACCCAAACGGGCGGCCGCCGUCCAGAAGGGCGCAAUGUGCCAAAGACUAUGAAGACCAGGCCAAAUGCUCCAAUGGAGAGCGACAUGGAGGUGGAUGCAUGGAGCAUGGUUUCCCCGACGCAUCAGAAAAACAUGGUGCAGCGUUGGGAGCAUGUGAUCAACGAAAUGAAGGUGAAUCGCGGAGUGGCAGAGGCUCAGAUGAGAGCACAUCUCGAGCACAUGGACAAGAAGGUGGUUCCGUGUGCGGAAAAGUUUGGUUUGAAGGGUCUCAAAUCGUAUGACAUUGGGACUGGCUGGGAUUUUUUGAAUCCUGAACACCGAAAACAGUGCCGUGAAGAGAUCAAGAAACAUAAGCCUCGUGUUUUGCUGGUUUGUCCCCCUUGUGGUCCCUUCUCUCCUAUGAUUCGCAUCAGUAAGGACAAGGAAAAUCCCAAGGUUCGUGAACGAAAGACCAUUGAGGGUCGUGUUUUGCUUGCGUUUGCCAUGGAACUUUGUGAAAUGCAAAAUGAACAGGGUCGGAUUUUUUUGUUUGAACAUCCCAAAUUGGCGAGAGCACCAGUUCGAGUGCUGACGGAUGGAGGACAUGAAUUUGAAGGUGAGGUACAGGCUGGUUUUGACAGAGACAGUACAGCAACUGAGAAGACUGCAGCCUAUGCACCCUGGCAAAAUGGCACCGCAGAAAGGCAUGGGGGGAUCUGGAAGACAAUUUUUACCAAAGCUUUUGAAGAAACCCAACCAAAGAACAAGGAGGAAUUGAACGAGCUGAUCGAUCACUGCAACAAUGCAAAGAACAUGAUGAGUAGAAAACAUGGCUAUAGUCCUAUGCAGCAUGUGUUUGGAUGCGAUCUGAGAAUGCCUGACAUAACAAGCGAAACUGAUCCAUACAUUGGAGGAACACAACAGUAUCACCGUGGCGAUGCAUGUGUGAGAUCACAUGCACUCAGACUGGCAGCCAGACGUGCGAUGGUGGACUGUGACAACGCUGAAAAAGUAAAACGUGCCCUCGAACACCGGACUCGGGUCUCAACGACAUUUGAAGUGGGGCAACAUGUUUUCUAUUGGCGACCGAUCAAGCACAAAGACGCCGAUAAGAGGGGCUCUUGGUUUGGACCAGCGAGAGUUAUUGGUUUCUACGACAAUUCACGUAUCUGGAUCACUCAUGGCAAUAAAGUGUUACGCUGCUCGCCUGAACAGUUGAGAGGUCUGACAGUUGAUCAAGAAGCCGCUAUUCGUUUUGUACCCACUGAAAUACUGCAGAAAUCUGGAAAAUAUGCAAAACGUGGGGCACAAACAUUUUCUGACAUCUCGAGAGAAAAGAGACCGGCUGAUGAUGAGCAGCCACCUGAAUUUGGAACUAUCAACGAGACCAUUCGAGAACCAAAGAGAAGAAGGCAGAACACGGAAGCAGAGGCCAUCGAGGUGGACGAGGAGGAACAAGAGCAAGAACCAUCAGGCAACAUGAAUGUGAAUGUUGAAGGAGCGGUCAAUGAAGAAUCAACUGGCAUUGAUGAUGACGAAACAGAGCAGCAGACUCCUAGUGAUGUGCAGGAGCCACAACCUGAUACUGCAGGAGCAUCAUCGUAUGGGCCGAUACGUGGAAGAGCAACUCUGGAGGACAGCAGUCUGACGCAAGCUCUACGCCACUCGACAGACCUUUUGGAUAUGGGUGACAUUCGAGCGGCAAGGACACCAUAUGCAAGAGCAACAACAAACGACAGUGAUGAUGCACUGGAAUGCUUUGAGACAGAAGUUUUGCUGAAUGAAGAUUUACGUGAUGCUGAAAUACUGACCACUGACAUGAUGAAAAACUCAGCGAGGAGAUGCAAAGAGCACUACGAGACAUUUUUGGCACAAGAUCGCAGAGGAAAUGUGAAAAGGACAUACAAGGUGCAGACGAUCAAAGACGGGUGGGUCAUCAAAGGCUAUCUGGAUCCUGACAUUGACAUUCUGAUGAGACAGAGUCCCACUUUAUCAGCUGAUGGAUUAGCAAUAGCACUUCAACUGAUUGCAAGUUUUCGCUGGGAUGUACAGAUCGCGGAUGUUGAAGGAGACAUACCAAGUGAUGCGGUGAUUGAGCUGACCAAGUGCGUCUAUGGACUCAUGGAUGCACAAUUGAAGUGGUGGCGUAGCAUUGCUUCUACUCUUACGCAACUUGGAAUGAAACAAAGUGAGCUGGAUUCAUGCGUUUUCCUGUGGUUUGACAAUGAAAACCAAGACCAUUUAGGUGGUAUUCUUGCGCUUCAUGUUGACGACAUGCUUGUUGGUGGUAACAGGAACUUUCACGAAAGAGUGUUGUCUCAACUCAAGAUUAAAUAUCCCUUCAAACAUUGGGUGAAAAAUGAGGGUACUUUUCUUGGGCGAAAAAUAAAACAAAAUCAAGAAUUUUCUAUUUCAAUUGAUCAACAAGAAUAUGCCAACAAGGUUCAGUCCAUUCAAAUCAGUAAGGAGCGUCGAAAACAAAAAGACCAACCUAUCACAGCACAUGAGCUUCAACAAUAUCGUGGCAUACUGUGUGCAGCAAACUGGGUUGUGGGAAGCACUCGUCCAGAUAUUGGGGCACAUACUGCCCUGCUCCAACAACGGGUGAAUCGCGCAACUGUUGAAGAUUUGAUUGAGGCAAACAGGUUGGUUGCUCGCAUUCGAGACUAUGCACAUGUGAAAAUACAUAUUAAAUCAAUACCUUUGGAUGAAGCUUGCCUUGUGGUUACGUCCGAUGCUAGCUGGGGAAAUACUGAUACACUGGGGAGUCAGGCUGGUUACUUCAUUCUUCUUGCUGAAAGGAAAAUAUCAAAUAAUGAUUGGAGUAGCAUUUCACCGUUGCGAUGGAAAAGUUACAAGAUGGAUCGAAAAACACAGUCAACUCUUGGAUCUGAGCUGAUGAGUGCCACGAGAGCUGUGGCUGAAUGCAACUGGAUACGGUCUAUGAUUGCUGAAUUCUGUAACAAAGAGUACAGUCUGGAAAAAGAUAAGCACUGGCGAGAGAAGAUGCAUAUGAUCAUAGCUGUUGACAACAAACCUGUAUAUGACCAUGUUCAAGGUGAAGGCAUGAUUGUGAAGGACAAGAGGAUAGCUAUCGACAUGCUACUUCUUCGAAGAGAUUUACUUGCAACCAAUGCUACCAUACGCUGGGUUGAUACUCGCCAAAUGUUGAGCGAUGCACUGACAAAGAUCAACGUGAACAUCGAGUUUUUGCUUUUCGUUUUGAAAUUCAACAAAUUUAUACUGGUCAAAGAAAAUCAGAGUUUGGAAUGGCGUGCUCAAGAGAAGUUGAUUCGUGAACAAACCAAAACCAGUUCCAGAAAGAAGACAUUGAAGUGUUAG